UAGUUGUGGUUCAUCGGAUGGUAUAUCCACAAAUUUCGAGCGUGCGACACAGCAAUACACAUCAAAAAUUUGUCCAAGUACAAAACCCCAAACAAACCCACCACUCUCUCUCUCUCUCUCUCUCUCUCUCUCUCUCUAUACCAGAUCUCGCCGUCCAGCCGCCGGUGUAUUGUCGGCGGAAAUUCGAACCAGAGACUGCAGAUGGAGCGUGUGGAAAGAAUUUGGGGCUGUUUGGAACGCUAUUUUAAGCAAACGUAGCUGUGAGUUUGUAAUUCACUUAACCAGGGUGAAUUUGGCACUCCGAGAAAUCCGCUGGUAAAGUUGAGGACUCCAAAUUGCUUGAUUGAGUACUUGAACGCGAAAGAUAGUGGAAGGAAGCAAUCAGAGAUGUCUUUCCAGGGAUAUUGGAUGGAAAAGGGUCCUGGUUGUUUAACCGAUGGUGAGAUGGCCUAUGACAACUCCAGAAUUGAGCCAAAGCGCUCGCAUCAGUGGUUUAUGGAUGGUACCGAGGCUGAGCUAUUCCCCAUCAAGAAACAAGCAGUUGAGGUCCCAAGCCAGAAUUUAUUUUCAGGACUUCUAAAUUCAAAUGUUUCUUCUUGGGGAAAUCCUUCCAGUUUUCAGUCUACCACAGGCCAAUUUACUGAACGCUUGUUUGAGCCUGAAAAUGCAAGGACAGUCAAUGUUGAUGAUAGGAACUUUCCAUCACUUGGCAUGGGCAGCAUUAAUAUGGGAAGAAGGGUCAUUGAGGAUCCUUUUGGGAACGACUCCUCAUUUGGGUUGUCUAUAUCUCAUCCGCUGGAGGAUCCUAGAUUAGGUCUUAACUAUGGCGGGAUCAGAAAAGUUAAAGUCAGUGAGGUUAAGGACUCUGAGAAUUUCAUGCCAGGAUCCGUAGGACAUGCCUAUAACAGAGUAGAUAACAGUAAUGUAACAACGCCUCAUGCUUAUGGCAGGGCAGAUGACAAUACCAUAUCAAUGGGCCUGUCGUAUAACAGAGGCAAUGAGAGCAUUGUAUCAAUGGGCAACGCCUAUAACAGUACCAUGUUAACACCUCAUUCUUUUGCCAAGGCAGAUGACAAUUCCAUAUCAAUGGGCCUCUCAUUUAAUAGAGUCAAUGACAACUUCAUAUCAAUGGGAAACGCCUAUAACAGUACCAUGUUAACCCCUCAUGCUUUUGGCAAGGCAGAUGACAGGGUGGAUAAUAACUUCAUAUCGAUGAGCCAACCAUAUAGCAAAAGGGAUGACAACAGCAUAUCAUUGGGUCACCCCUAUAAGGAGAAUAAUAACGCCAUCUCAAUGGGUCAGCCUUUCAGCAAGGCUGUGGACAAUAUUACAAUUAUGGGUCAAACCUUCCACAGCGAUGAUGGCAAUGGCCUAUCAAUGGGCAACACUUUCAAGGACAAUGGUACCAUAUCAAUGGGUCAGCCUUUCAUUAAGAGUGAUGGCUCUAUCCCAUCCAUAGGUCAAACCUUCAACCAAGGUGACAGUAAUACAGUAUCAAUGGUUAACUCAUACACCAAGGUGGAUGAUAAUGCCAUAUCAAUUGGUCACACCUACAACAAAGUCGAAAACAACACCUUAUCUUUGGGUCACUCUUUCGGGAAGGGAGAAAGUAAUAUCAUAUCCUUUGGAGGCUUUCAGGACGAGGAUGAUAUAAACUCUUCAGAAAAGCUUAUAGGCACUUAUAACUUGAUGAUGGGUCAGUCUUCAGCACAAAGACAAGAAUCAUUGAGUGAGGAAGGUUUGGUUGAGUCAAAUGUUGAUGCCACUGCAAAUACCUCGAAGGUAACUUCCACCGCAGUUGAAAAUGUUUCUAAGGAGGAUAAGAAAGGGUCUAAAAAGCCUACUUCAAACAAUUUCCCUUCCAACGUUAGAAGUUUGCUUUCAACUGGUAUGCUGGAUGGGGUGCCCGUGAAGUAUAUUGCCUGGUCGCGGGAGAAGGAGGUACAUGGUAUUAUAAAAGGUUCUGGUUAUCUGUGUGGCUGUCAGGCAUGCAAUUAUUCUAAGGUGAUUAAUGCAUAUGAGUUCGAGCGUCAUGCUGGUUGUAAAACCAAACACCCAAAUAAUCACAUAUACUUCGAGAACGGGAAGACUGUGUAUGGCAUAGUUCAAGAGCUCAGGAGCACCCCUCAGACUCGGUUGUUUGAAGUUAUGCAGACGAUUACUGGAUCGCCAAUUAACCAGAAAUCAUUCCGAGUUUGGAAAGAUUCAUUCCUGGCUGCUUCUCGAGAACUUCAACGUAUAUAUGCGAAGGAUGAAGAGAAACAGUUGUCGUAAAGUUGCCUUGUUCUAAUAUAAAGGACCGGAUUACUAAGGUCUCUUCUAGCAAAUGCAGCCGCAGGGCUCUUGGAGUAUCGAGCAAAAGGCUUAUUUUGUGCUCAUACGUUUUGGUGGGAAGAUGUAAAAAAAGUUUGGGUGAUGAAUAGAUGUAAAUUAGGCAUAAGAAGCUUUCGCAUCAUGUUCUCAUUGCCCUAUUGCAGGUAACCAAACAGUGAGUAAUAUUAACAACCCAAUUAAGUACAUGUUCCCAAUACUGAGUCCAGUUUUUGUUAUUAUUUACCUCGUGUGCUUUUAUCA